AUGGCUGCGAACGGCGCUCCAACAUCGUACACGCCGAGCCAUGUCCUCCAGGCCGUGGUCGCCAUGCGCGGCGCUGAUCGGGAAGCGAAGAAGCAGGCACAUGAGUACCUCGAGCGCUUCCAGAAAUCGAAAGACGCAUGGACACUUGUGAUCGGAAUCCUGCAGUCCGAGGCCGAUGCGGAGGCCAAGCUGUUUGCUGCAACCACACUACGGGGGAAGCUCACAUACGAUUUAUCGACCGACAUUCCCGACUCGGAGCUUCUCGCGCUCAGGGACCAACUCCUGCUCCUACUGAAGCAUUAUGCGGCCGGUAUGCGCCCGAUCAGGGUGCAGCUCUGCGUAUGCUUGGCUGUCCUGGCUAUACACAUGAAGGAAUGGAAGGACGUCCUUCCUGUUGUCGUUUCGGCACUUCAGGGCCCCGAGAGUCAUGCCGCCGUCCUUGACUUCUUGCGCGUUCUUCCCGAGGAAGUGACCGAAGGCCGCAAAAUCACUCUUUCAGAAGAAGAGCUAUCUCAGAGGACCAAGGAGCUCCUCAGCGAUAAUGCAGACCAGGUGGUGCAGCUACUCGUUAAUUACGCGCAAGCGUCGGCUAAACCUGCCGACGACCCCUUGCUCAUGGAAUGCAUUACGUCUUGGCUGCGUGAAGUGCCCGUGAGCACGAUUGUGGGAUCGCCACUUUGUGAUGUUGUUUUCGCUGGCGUAAUUGGUGACUCGGCAUUCAGGGAGGCCGCCGAGACGGUGUGCACGAUUCUGAAAGAAACCAGGGAGGUGGAUGAUAAUCAGGACAUCAUUCAGGUUCUCUUGCCAAGGAUUCUGCGACUCCGAUCCGGACUCGACAAGGUUAUCGCCGAAGAAGACACAGAAGCCUACCAAGCACUAACCAAGGUUUUUGCCUCGGCGGCCGAGGCCUGGGUGGUGGCAGUUGUACGGGAGCCCGGCCACUUUGGGCCCCUCGUCGACGUGGUUCUCGAGUGCGCGAUGCGGGAUGAGAAUCGCGACGUGAUCGAACACACCUUCGACUUCUGGUAUGAGCUCAAGCAGUACCUCGUCAUCGAGAGGUACAUGGAGGCGAGGGUCCAGUUCGUGGACGUCUACUCGAGGCUGGUGAAUGCUCUAUUCAAGCACCUUCAGUAUCCGAAGAGCUCCUCGGGCGACGAAAACGAUCUUUUCGAGGGUGACCGCGAAGCAGAGGAGAGGUUCCGAGAGUUCAGACACCGGAUGGGUGACACGCUCAAGGACGCCUGCGCCGUCAUGGGCGUCACAGACUGCCUAAGCAAGGUCCUGGCGACAAUCAACAAGUGGUCGGCGGAGAGGAGUACGGCCACGAGCCACCCAGGGGUCGUGCCGCAUUGGCAGGAGCUCGAGGCCCCCCUGUUCGCCAUGAGAGCCAUGGGUCAGAUGGUGCCCCCGGACGAGAGCAUCGUCUUGCCGCAGCUGAUGCCCCUGCUUGUGGCCAUACCGAAUCACGAGAAGCUCCGGUUCGCCACCAUCAUGGUCCUGGGCCGGUACACCGAAUGGACGGCAGCUCACCGCGAGUACCUCGAGCCGCAGUUCAACUACAUCGUCUCGGCCUUCCAGACUGACUCUAAGGAAGUUAUCCGCGCGGCGGCCAUGGCCAUCAAGUAUUUCUGCACCGACUGCAAGGAGCUCCUGAGCGGUCAGGUCUUGCAGUUGCAAACCUUUUACGACCAGAUCCUCGAUAAGCUCCCGGACCUGAGUCAGGAGGAGAUUACCGAGGGCGUGGCGAGUGUCGUGGCGGCUCAGCCCCCAACCGAACUUUACAAGCUCCUCAAGCUUUACUGCGAUCCCCUCGUGCAGAGGCUAAUGAAUAAGGCCAACAAUGCCUCGGACGAUGACGGCAAAGUGGCUGUCGCUGAUCAUGUCCAAUUGAUCACAAUAUUCGUCCAGACAGUCAAACCGUACUCGGCGCCUGGCACGGAGAACCCGGCUGUGAAGUACUGGCAAGAAGUGUUCCCGGUGCUCGCCACGAUUGUGGAGAACUUCCUCGACUUUGUGCCCAUCUGCGAGCGCAUCUGCCGUUGUUGGCGGUACAUGAUCAUCUCCAACAGGACAGCCAUGACACCUCUCCUCCCCGAGCUUGCCAACAAGCUGGCGAGCGGGUUUGCGGCAUCGAGGCAAGGCGCGUUUCUCUGGGUCACGGCGGCGAUUCUGAGGGAGUUCUCGGAAGACCGCGAGCACGUGGACCAGUCCAUCACGCAGAGCAUAUAUGCCUUCUUCGAAGCGCAGGCGACGACGUUCUUGCGGGUCCUGAACGAAAUCCAGCCAAGCGAGCUGCCGGAUGUCAUCGAGGACUUCUUCCGCCUCCUCAUCGACGCUCUGCUUUACUACCCGCACCGGCUCGUGCCGUCGGAGCUUCUGGGGCCCAUAUUCGAGGCGUCCAUCUACGCGCUGACGCUCGAGCAACGGGACCCCUUGUCGGCCACGCUCCACUUCCUCCGGGACCUCCUCACGUACGGGGGGGAUAACCCGGCGACGUCAGACGCGCUGCCGGCGGACGUGGCGGCGCAGAUCCGGACGAUCAUCAGGGCGCUGCUCGCCAGCCACGGCGAGAAGCUGGUGAAACAGGUCAUGGCCGGCAUGAUGAUCACGUUCCCCCGGGACUGCUUUGCGGACGGUAGUGGCGUGCUGCUGGCGAUGUUCGAGCUGCUCCCGACGGAGACGACGGCGUGGGUGGAGCGGACGCUGCAGCUCCUCCCGCAGGGCACGGUCAGCCCGGCGGAGGCGAACCGGCUGAUGACGAAAAUUAAGGAGCGCAUCGGGGCCGACCCCGGCAGCAUGCGGCAGGUGAGGGCGCUGCUCCAGGACUUUACGAACACGUAUCGACGACGGUAUGUGGCUCCUCGUGACGGGCUUGGUCAGCUCGAGGCGGACCGCUUCCGCUUCAACCGCUAA